AUGGCAUGGCCUACCACAACAAAUUCUGUGGCUAUUUCUCAACGUAUUGCCUAUAGAUAUUCCGUCCCAGAAGUAACUGAUCAACAAAGUGAUAUAAUGUUACUACCCUCUAGCGGUGUUCAAGAUGGUGUUUUUACCGUGAUUUUUACGCGUCCACUUGUCGUCGCGAAUUCAACUAUUACUUCCACUACUUCAAAUUUUAUCUGGGCUCUUCACUCUACUGAUCGUCCUUCUGAUGAUCCUUAUACAACGAUCAUUACUCGCCAUAAUGACUUAGGUCAUAUGACUAUAACAGGCACUAUAUCAAAUUAUGAUAAAUAUAUAAUUGCCCAUGGUCUUUUAAUGUUUUUCACUUGGGGUAUUGUUAUACCUGGUUCAAUAUUUAUUAUUCGUUUCACGAGGAAUAUUAUUCCAAAACAAUUUGUCCCGUUGCAUUGGGGUAUCAUGUCUUUCUUGGCUGUACCAUUGAUCAUUAUUGGUUUACUAUUGGCCAUCGCUGCCGGUUCUUGGUCAGAGUUACAAGUUUUUCAAAUGUUCACGUAG